AUGCAAUCUGAGCGCUCUAUGGAAUUCUUCGCUGGGUUGAUGAAUCCGGCAAACACUCAUAGUGUUCAAAUCAAACGGAUGUGCUCUGAUAAGACCAUUCGUGCGGAAGUCAAUGCGAUUAGUUCUCUCAAACACCCAACUUCAACCGGUCCCCGGCCUUCAGAAGCUUUGGGCAAUGUGAUCAAAUCGGACAAUGCUCCUCGUUUCCUACGAGAUAUCUUGAAGCAGAUCAAUCCCUCUAUGCGAGAAGCUUUCGGCAACCUGAGCAGCCUUCCAGUAGGGAUUUCUUUUCUUCCUGAGGUUGCUGGUUCUGGUAAAUCAUAUAUGGAGAUAGCCAUCAUCUUUUCUCAAUUUGGAUCUUGCAAAGAAAGUGUACAGCCUGCCGAUGCCAAGCCAGAUGAAGUCAAGAUUCUAUAUUUUCUCAACAACAAUGCUGGGGUUGAGACAUUCACCAAUCGCUUGGUAGAGACCUACAACCAGCUCGGGAUCGAAAACUCACCGCCAGUCAUUCGACUUGACCCAAUGGGAAGCGAGGUAAAAUCAGGCAUGAAGGGCACCACUAGGCGUACAUACGAAGAGGCAUUUGGCCAAUCUGAGGCGGAGAAGGAUAACGAAAAUGCGUCGAUUAAGAAUCAAUUUCUAGCAACCCACGCCUUGAAUGAAAUUUUACUGGGCAUUCACAACGCAUAUGACAAUACUCGGAAGGCUACGCGCUUCAUAGUGAUGAGCUACGCUUCAAAAGAGCUUGUUGGACACUUGGGCAAAGUCGAAAGCGGUGAGGGACUAGAUGACGACUCCAAGUCGAUGUUCAAGGCUGAGUUUAAAUCACUCUACGAGGAUUUCUUGAUAGAUUUCCACGAAACGGUUGUAACAACACCAGUCGGAGCCUCGAAUUUUGCUUUUCGACAAUCAUUUAGGCCUGACAUUGUUAUUCUUGACGAAGCAGGAACCAUGCGAGAGCUCACAACCCUCAUACCUAUCGCAUUCUUAAGCCCCAAAGCCUGGAUUGUGACGGGUGAUAUUGCACAAAAACCUCCAUACAUAUCUAUGAAACACGACCUUGGAGCCGGCAAGAUCUCCUCCACGUUUCCUUCCAAUGUGAAACAAAGGACAUUUUGA